UAUAUACUAUAUUUUCUUGGUAUUGAUUUCUUAACUGUUUUGUCAGUCUAUUAGUGGUCCACGUAAUUUUAACAUGCUUAUCUUUGUGUUUUGCAAUUAUAUCUACCCUUAUUUUUCGUACUAGAAUAUGUAAAUGCAAUUAUGUGUAAAUCGGGCAAGCAGUGGGCUGGCGAUGACGUCAUGACGCUCUCACCUGCCCACACUGAGUAGAAGCAGGUAGGGAGUUAUUCUUUUCCUGCUUGUCUCUGUCGAAUGUGGUGAAAUCUUUCUACGGCGAUACGUGUGCUUGAUUACAGUGCUUGUGAAGUGAUGUGUUCACCCUUUCGAAGUAGUGCUAACCAUAAUAUACACGAGGUAAACGAACUCGGCAACACAGUAGCAGAAGCUGCCACUCGGAUGCGUCAUCGGCGUCUACGUCACUGUGCAGUUGCCAGCGAGGGUAUUUUUGUCAGUUAUUAUUUGGAAAAACGUUUUGAAACUGUGCACUUCACACGCUGACCUCGGGGCUGCAAACGCCGUUGAACAGCAGCAGCAAAAGGAAAUAUAUGUGAACAUCUCAGAGUUUGUGAAAUGUGGACAAGCAGUUGACAUCUGGCUUGCGUAGUGCUAUAAAUAGAUUGUACUCAUUUUAGCAUACGAACCAAGCCAAGCGUGUUCACGGGACUGAAUGAAAGCAGGAUUCCAUCUCCAAUGCCGUAGUGCGCUAAAUGAGAUCACCUUUCUUAUAAGCUCGAGCAAUGGCGGCCCUUAGGACCACAUCAUAACGAGUUGGCAACAAUGCGAGUCAGGUAACGCUGGCGUAAGCAACCAAUCGCAGUGCCUUUUACAUCUUCAUUCAUUAUGCUCUACAUUCGCUAAGCAGGAGUGGGUGUCUGGUGUCGGUGGCACCUUCUCCAGCAGUUGUGUCUCUGAAGGAACUGGUGCGGCUCUUUGCCUCUGCGCCAGCGCUCGGGGAUUGAGGGGAUGAUGGCGGCUCCCUGUGUGGCCUUCACGCCGGUGCCAAGCGGAUCUCCGUGCUCGUGUCCGGGAGUGGCCUCCCUCGCCAGGUCAGUGGAGACCAUGACCUGUAAUGAGGAACCCCGCAUCACUUCCACGACGGCAGAGACGGGACGCGACCUGAUCCUGGCGGCCUUAAGGGUGACGUCGAGAGACCACGGUCUGCCCACGCUGAGGGUCAUCCCGGGGGACCUGGCCUACCUGGCGGAGGGGGCAGACCACAUGGUCGUCAGGCUCCUCGGACUGGGACAAGUCCUUCGACUCCGCAAGACCGAGGUCGGCUCGAGCACCAGCCGGGAAGACCUGAUCCUCCGGGCGAAGAAGGACGAGGAGUUCUUCAAGAACGUCGCCCGCCCUUUCCUAAGCCCGCUUCUGACCGACGAGUCACAUCUAGUCAUCGUGGAACCCGCGGCGCUCAUGGCCUUCAAGGAGACCGUCGAGGCGCGGAGACCAGAGCGACGUCGGGGCAAGGAGAUCAACAAGUAUGGAGUAGCUUGGAUAUGUCCUGACGCCGCCAGCGCCUUCAGCAAGAGACGCCUUACCUCCGACAACUUUUCCUCAGAUUCCUCUCUCACCCAUCACCUCGCUAGUACUGCCCCCUUUGUGUCUUCCUUCCGCGAACGAUCCCCGUCCCCGAGAUCUCCUGCGUGUUCCUGGGAGAGUCUCGAUGAGCGGCGGAAGGACCCUCUUGCCCAUGCGGUGCUCCCCGAAGGAGUAGUCCGCGAUCUCAGGGAAUCUCAUCGAGCCUCGAGUACAAAUGGCACGUCCGGCGGCGCCCCGCGAGACCUCGAGGGGGGCACGGGGACGGGAGCCUCUAGUCGACGCCCUCGGGAGACCGAAUCGGCCGAGAGGAGCCUUCGCCCUAGGGCUGAAGGGCAGGAGCACCCGCGGGCCAAGGUCAUCUGCGUGGAAAUCAAGCCCAAGCAAGGUUACAUCGAUCACUCUACGCCCGGUCUUCCCAUGUGUGUCUUUUGUAUCAACCAGUAUGUUAAGCCCGAAAAGUGCCGAGACCGAAGUCAUUACUGCCCUCAGGACUUGUUCUCAGGGGAUUUGACGCGGAUGAGACGCGCGGUUGACGCUCUCAUACAGACUCCACAGACGAAUCUGAAGGUGUUCGUGGAUGGGGAAGCCGUUGAGGACAUCAAACAUUAUAGUUACCUGCGUGACGUGAUUAUUUCGGCUCUCACACACGACUUCGAAUCUCCAGUCGCUCACUUGCCCCAGGGCGACGACCGAGGAGGCGGAAGAGGAGGAGGGGGAGCAGGAGGAGGCGGGCUCAGUCCCCGGUCUCCCCUCGGUAGGACCUUAGCCUUCCAAAUGCUAGACCAGCUGGGAGUCCUGAGGGCCAAUGCUCUCUACAGACGGCUGGCGAAGGAGAUGGGGAGCGCCAAGGACGCAGAUGCAGCCAUCCACGACCUCAGAUGCUGGACGGGAGACGGCCGAUACUGCCAGCUGCUUGAGCAGUGUGGUCGGUGCUGGCAUAGCGGUCAGCCGUCCUCUCAGGACGAGGGGGGUGCGGAGGAGGCGCUCGAGACGUCGAGGGAUGGUGCUGGGGAAGGUGCAGCGUCGAAAAGCAAAGUGAAGGGCGUGGAUUCAAACAAGGUGACUGAACAUGGUGAUUAUUGCAACAAUAAAAAACACAAGACAGCAACGCAUCACAGGCAGGAUACAGGUACAGAUAUGCACAACUCGGGUGUAAAAAGUAGGCCAAGAAUGAUACCCCCAGAAUUACUGGACAAAUCGCAUCGUGAGUCAAAGGAGGUUCAAGAAAAGGGAGAAGGCGGGCCAGACGACACCGUGGCUGUGACGCGGUCGGAGAUGGUCCGAAGACUGCAGGAAUUUCUCCUGGCUACGACAGCCAAGGACCUGUCGCUGAUGGUUCUGCUGAGUGGCCCUCACACCAGCCCGCCGCCGCCCGCAACCCGUGGCAACGUCUCGCCCUUCCCCGUGGCACUCGAGAGCGUCUGGUACAUGUGCCAAGUGACCGGGGUCGACCUCAUUGCCAAACCCCCGAGCAAGAUCAGGAAGCGAGAGCGAGACCACAAGAAGCAGGCGGAUGUCUUGCGGGACCUGAUAGCGAGAGGCUCCGAGCCUACUUGCUGCAAACCCUGAAAUAUAUAUUAUGUUAUGCAUUUGCUAUUGUUGAUCUGUUGUUUUUUAAGUGCUGUGAUGAUGAUAUGCAGGCGACAGAUAGUGAUAAUGAUGUUUCUAAAAAAAAAGGGAACUUCAGUGUGGUCUCUGCGAGUUCCCUUAAAGUUCAUUAUCAAACCAUAAUUUUAUAUUAGUAUAUUUCGUACUAUUUUUAUAUGUUUCAUUCAAGUGCCAUUGAUUUCUCGUCUUGCCUUUCUAGUGUACAAGAGCGUCCUAGAAAUAGGAAACUGGCCGAGGGAAUGUCUCCAACUUUGCGAUGUGUAGAGUAGUUACCAUAUGUUUCCUUUCGUGCCAAAAUAGGUAGUUCAAUUUAUUAGCUAUUAUUUUAUUGUC